AUGACCAAGCUGGCGUACCUCCACGAGCCGGGCGUCCUGCACAACCUCUCCUGCCGAUACGGCCUUAACGAGAUAUAUACGUACACCGGGAACAUCUUGCCUCUCCUGUACGACGUGCACAUGAUGGAGCAGUACAAGGGCGCCAGCUUUGGGGAGCUCAGCCCGCAUCUCUUCGCGAUCGCAGACGCCUGCUACAGGGCGUUGAUCAAUGAUCAGGGGAGUCAGGCAAUCCUGGUGAGUGGCGAGAGUGGUGCCGGCAAGACGGAGACGACCAAGAUGCUCAUGAGGUAUCUCGCAUUCAUGGGAGGAAGGUCCGGUACCGAGGGACGGACGGUUGAGCAGCAGGUUCUAGAGUCUAACCCAGUACUUGAAGCAUUUGGUAACGCAAAGACAGUGAAGAACAAUAACUCAAGUCGAUUCGGUAAGUUUGUUGAAAUCCAGUUCGACAAGUAUGGGAAGAUAUCAGGGGCUGCUGUUCGCACAUACCUCCUUGAACGAUCAUGA